AUCCUCACUAGAUAUCAUCCAAAAAAAUUGUGGGUAGGGUACACUUACUUUGGAUGGAUAUAUAUAUUGCAGUUGGUAGACAACCAACAAGAUAUUAUUCUGUGAUUUUUGCCAUGUAGCAUCAACAACUACUCCUAGCCUAGGUUAUCACCAAGAUAUCACCAAGGCCAACAAUAGGCAACAACCAACAAACAAAAGGGAAUUGAGAUAAAAAAAACCACCCAACUAAUUAAUGGCCAAAAUCAAAAUCAAAGGCCGGUCUUGGAUAUCUCCCAUGCAAUUUGCAACAGCUCAUCCUGAACGCAGAAACAUCUGUAGAGAAGAGCAAAUUAAAGUGGACUCCGUCAACCUAUCAAACCCUUCAAUUGACCUUCCUUAACCAACCUCACUACUCCUAAAUCCCAGCCUAUUCUUAGCAAUGGCUGCCCUCCUCCGUGUCCUCAAUCCCCCACCUCCCUCUCUCCUUCCUCCCUGCUAUCACUCUCUCUCUCUCUUUUCUUUGUUUUUUUUUUUUUCUUUCUUUCUCUCUCUAUCAAAUUCCAAAAACCAAUGCCAUCAAAACCCAUCUAUGUUCAAGCCUCCUCCUCCUCCUCCCCCUCCAACACUGAGUACCUGUGAUAAAAGCCAAUUAAUAAAGGCGCGCUCCCUGCUCUCAGGCAGCGCGCACUGCCCCUUCCAUGGCCCGUUAUGACACACGGUGGCCUCUCAUCACCGCAUUCCUUAUAACCUUGUUAUCCAUCGUGGCUGUUUCUUGGGGCGACCCCGACUCUGACGUCCUUCUGAAAUUCAGGGCGUCGUUAGGCAAUGAUGGUGCACUUUACAACUGGAAUGCGUCUACAAAUCCCUGCACGGGGAAUUGGGUUGGCGUGAAAUGCUGGAACGGGACCGGGAAGAUAUGGGCUCUGCAACUUGAGCACAUGGGGUUAACAGGUUUCCUAGACCUGGACACGCUAAGGGGUUUGCCAUACUUGAGGGCCAUGAGCUUCAUGAACAAUAGUUUCACUGGUCCCAUGCCCAACAUAAGAAAGCUUAAAGCGUUGAAGGCCUUUUAUUUUUCCAAUAAUCGCUUCUCCGGCGACAUUCCCGACGAUGCUUUUGUAGGGAUGGGGUGGUUGAAGAAGGUGCAUUUGGCCAAUAAUGACUUCACGGGUAAAAUUCCGACCUCGCUUCAGGGGUUGCCCAGGCUUCUGGCGUUGAGGCUUGAGGGCAACCAGUUUGAAGGCGGUAUACCCAAUUUUCAACAGAAGAAUCUGACGACGGUCAAUGUAUCAAAUAAUUAUUUGGAGGGUCCCAUUCCUGAGAGGUUAAGCAUGAUGGAUGUAAGCUCUUUUGCAGGCAACGAAGGUUUAUGUGGGAAGCCUCUGGAAUCAUGCGACUUUAGGAAAUUUUUGCUAGAGCUCAUCAUGAUUAUACUAUGCAUUUUAAUUGCCAUAGCAAUCAUCGGUAUUGUUGUUGCUAUUCUGCGACGCCAAGGCCAAACAGAGGAAUUGGGUAAGGUUCAAGUAGAAGGCAACCAGAAGGCCUCUUGUGAAGGAGACAAAGUGGAGCGUGGGGUGCCACCGCAAAUGCCCGGCAGUGGUAGGAAGGCCGAGAAUGGAAGGUUGGUGUUUCUUAGGGAUGAUAGAGAGAGGUUUGACUUAAAUGACUUGCUCAAAGCAUCAGCCGAAGUGUUGGGCAGUGGAAACUUUGGGUCUUCCUAUAAGGCUGUGCUUUUAACUGGGUCAGCCAUGGUUGUGAAGAGGUUCAGGCAAAUGAAUAAUGUAGGAAGAGAGGAGUUCCAAGAGCACAUGAGGAGGAUAGGGAGGUUGAGACACCCUAACUUGCUUCCUAUUGUGGCUUAUUAUUACAGAAAGGAAGAGAAGUUGUUGAUAACUGACUUCGUUGAAAAUGGCAGCUUGGCUUCUGUUUUGCACGGAAACCGGACUCCAGGCCAGCCUGGGCUUGAUUGGCCGACGCGCUUGAAUAUCAUCAAAGAGGUAACGAAGGGCGUGGCUUAUCUGUAUGAAGAGCUCCCUAGCCUAAUUGUUCCACAUGGUCAUCUCAAGUCAUCCAAUGUAGUACUAGAUGAAUCCCUCAAACCCCUUCUAACAGACUAUGGUUUAGUGCCUGUAAUCAAUCAAGAGCAUGCCUCACAAUUAAUGGUGGCCUACAAGUCACCGGAGUAUGAGCAGCAUGGACGGACAACAAGGAAGACCGAUGUGUGGAGCCUUGGGGUACUGAUAGUGGAGAUGUUGACGGGUAAAUUCCCUGCAAGUUUUCUCAAGCAGGGUAAGGGAGGUAGUGAUGAAGAUUUGGUGAGUUGGGCCAAUUCAGUUGUUAAGCAAGAGAGGCCAGAGGAGGUGUUUGAUAAAGACAUGGGAGAGACUAAGAACGCUGAACGUGAAAUGAUGAAGCUAUUGAAGAUUGGAUUGUGUUGUUGUGAAGUGGAUGUGGAAAAGAGGUGGGAUAUAACCGAAGCAGCUGAGAAGAUUGAGGGGGUAAGAGAGAGGGACAAAGAUGAUGGCUUCUACUCUACAUUUGCUAGUGAAGGGGAUAUGAUCUCUUCUAAAGGAAUGACUGAGGUUGAUCUCUCUGUUCUAUGAAUAUUAGUUGAAAUAUUA